AUGGCAUGGCUCCAGAGUAAUUCCGAAGGCCUAGUUUGGGGAUAUCGAAUUUGUGAAAUGGUUCCUCGUACUAUGAACUCCUAUAAUUGGUCGAAGUCACUUCAAGAAUUGGUUCUCAAAAUUGAUGGGGGGCAAAGUAGCAUCUGCAGUCACAUACAGGCGAAAAAAGCAAGGGUGGAUGGCAAGAGGCUGCUAAAUCAGAGCGGGCAAAAAGGGCUCUUUGCUUUGAAGUUACUUAUUUUCGCAAUUCUUUUCACUCUCGAAGAAGUAAUCAAGUCCAAAGAGUCCGAACGUAAUCUCUACACGAGUGCAAAGGUGUUUUCAUAUACUGCCUAUAGGAGAGCUAGGAAUGGAGAAGCUUCCCCAUAUCCGCCCGAGUCUUUGAUCUACAAGUACAGGUCGGCUCAUGUAGGAGAUUCGGAUACCAACAAGCCGUAUUAUUCUUCCUCCUGUGAAUACCUCUCCUUCCCUUCUAUGAAGAGUAACCUUAUCAAGCUUUUUGUUGCAGAUGCAUACGAUCCUUUGGAUCCUCGUGGCAAUGUUACUAUCAAAUGGGAUCUCAUGCAAGACAACGACGGUACACAAGACGUAAGCAAACUUCCUGACCUCAAUUACCUCAUUCUUAUAAUUUUCUCCUCUUAUCUUAGUCUCAAAGUGCUCGUAGAAUCAUCUAAGCUGCUUCAGUUGUUUAGAGUGGAGUUGUUUUCGUUUUACCAGGUCAGGGUAUCAAUUUUCAAUUACCAGCUUUUCCGACACGUAGAGCCACCUGGAUGGAAAUUAAGUUGGAUAUGGCCGGGAAAUGGGGUAAUCUGGGACAUAUGGGGAGCUGAGGCCACUGAACAGGGAAACUGUUCUGCAUUUAGGGGAAGACAGCUUCCUCAUUCUUGCGAAAAGAAACCAGUUAUCGUCGACCUUUUACCUGGAGCCCCUUACAACAAGCAGGUGGCAAAUUGUUGCAAGGGAGGGGUUUUGACAUCUAUGUCACAAGACCAAGCAAAAUUUGGGGCUUCUUUCCAGAUGAACAUAGGUAGUUCUUCCGUAAAUGGUGGUCCAAUACCAGGUGUCCCUGCAAACUUCAGUCUUGGACUCCCGGGUUAUACUUGUGGCGAUCCAUUCAAGGUCCCUCCAAGCAAGUUCAUUGAGGAUCAAGGCCGGCGAAGGACUCAAGCUCUUGGUACCUGGAAUGUUACUUGUUCGUACUCACAGUUCAGAGCAUCAGUUUCCCCAACCUGUUGUGUUUCCCUGUCUGCAUUCUACAAUGACACAAUUGUUCAUUGCCCAAAAUGCAGUUGUUCUUGCCUAGGACAACCUGGAGCAAAAUGUGUCAAGCCUGGUGAACUGCCUCCUGUAUUGCAGCUACAACAGGAUCAAGAACCGGAGCCUGUGGUUCUGUGUACGCAUCAUAUGUGCCCAAUAAGGGUGCACUGGCAUGUGAAGCUAAGUUAUACACAGUACUGGAGAGUGAAGCUGACAGUUACAAACUUAAAUCUUGUCAAGAAUUAUAGUCAGUGGAACUUGGUAGUGCUGCAUCCCAACUUGAGAAAUGUUACACAGGUCUUCAGCUUCAAUUAUAAGCCUUUAAAUCCAUACGGCCAAAUUAAUGACACCGGAAUGUUCUAUGGAAUUGAGUAUUACAAUGACAUGCUACUGCAAUCAGGGGAGAGCGGAAAUGUGCAGACAGAGCUAUUGCUGCGCAAAGAUCCAGGGCUUUUUACUUUCAGGAACGGAUGGGCUUUCCCAAGAAAGAUUUCCUUCAAUGGUGAGGAAUGUGUGAUGCCUCUACCUGAUGAAUUCCCAAGACUUCCAAAUGCAGACCAGUUGGAGGCACAGCCAUUACCAAUCUCCAUCGUAAUUCUGUUAUCAUUCAUUGUAUAUUCAAUGAUUGAAUGAAAUUUUUGUUGUCCAAUCAAAGAUUCUUAGAGAUGCAUGCCUAUGUGAAAUUAAAAGGCUUAAUUGCAAACUGUACCCUUAAACUAGUACCGGUUUGUACAUUGCACCCCAAACUAUGAAU